AUGCAGCGUAAUGCUUUUAUCUCUCACAUUCAACAGCAUCAAUAUCUUACACUAUUACGCUUAUCGUCGACAAACAAGAUUUCAAUUCAAACUUGCAACUUUGGUUCCAAAGUUUCUGACGAUAGUGAAUCGUCGAUAUCGCAAGAAAUGUCAACGGAAAUAUUAUAUGAAAAAGAUACGGGUACAACGAAGAAGCUAGAAACGUUUGCUAAACAGAUCAUCUUGGGCAUUGGAACGUUUACUGGUUUAGUUUUGCUUGGACUUCUCAUUGUGAUCAUAGUUUUAUUGAUCUCUGUAUUUCUUAAGAACUUUAAUACGAAUGCUGUGGCAGACGACAACACAGAUUUUGGCGAAAUAACGCAAAGUUUCUCCACAAAUUGGAUACCGAGCAAGAACCAAAGUAUGACAGUCAUCAAUACUGAUGAGAUUGCUCGAAAAUUAGAAGCAGUUUAUGGUAUCAAACCAGGCUCGAUUCGUAUCAGUACUAUUAUGAUCAAUAAUGAUCAAACAAAUGUUGAUGGUCGUCGUCAUCGUCGUCGCCGUCAACUUGACAGGAAAAAACGUGAAAUACCGAGAUGCGAUCAAUUGGGAUCUGAUCGCUCAAUUGUAGAAAUAGCAAUGAAUGUAAUCUAUCCAUCAAGAUGUGGCACGUCUAUGUCUUGCAAAACAGAUUUCGUCGCUGUUGUCCAAGAACGUAUUGCUGCAUAUAUGUCAAAUAUUUUACUGGAAUUCAGAUUUGCUGAUGGAAGCUUCAAUGAACUUAUGUUGACCAGAUGUCAUAAAGACACUGAUUCAUCAUUAAACUCUUUAUUACGGUCACGGCGCGCUCCUAAAACCACUACAACACCAGCCACUACAGCAAAAGCCACUACAGCACAAGCCACUACAACACAAGCCACUACAGCAAAAGCCACUACAACACAAGCCACUACAGCAAAAGCCACUACAGCACAAGCCACUACAGCAAAAACCACUACACCUAAAAGCGCUGCAACAUCAGGUAAACAGCUCUAUGUUCUAUAA